CCAACACCCUUUUCUCCAAUAAAAAGAAAAAAACCGUCCGAGCCAUGACGAUCAACAGCAUUCCCCGCGAUGCUAGCUGCCGUUUGUCCGCAGCUCGGCCGUCUCUGUCGAAAAAUCUAGUGAACACGAGGACUUGAAGCCGCUAGCGAUGCGACCUGGACAGCGCGCUGAGACGAGACCUGAGGUAGUUUCGACACGCCGAGUGCUCGACUGCUCGGGUUCGGAAAUGACGCCCAGUCCACGAACGGGUCAAUGGAAAUGCGUGCGAGGUCGAGCAUGCCAACCAGCGACGAGGGAAAACUCUGCUUGCCCAAGCGAGCUAGCGAGGGAAAGAGGUAGAGGGCUUCUGGAAGGCCAAUCGUCGAUACCCGUCGGGGGUUUGUGCGGUGGCACAGACGGUAGGUGGGCUGAAAAGGAAAGAACAAAACCCGCGAGCUGCGUAGGGGAGGGAGGGGUUUCCUUCGUUCCUUCCACCAAGAACGAACCUGGUUUUUCCUCUGUGUGCAUCUUUCCUUCCUCACCGACAUCUAGAUACAGGUGCGUUACUUAUCAGCAGCGCCGCAGGAGUGCGUUGUGCCAAAACACUGCAAAAGUCGGUCCGCGAACUCCAUGGCUCGUUGGUUCUCGUUGCAAUAUUAUUUGAAGCAAAAAGGUCUGGGCCCUCAAGAGACUGUCGCAUGCGACAGCGUCCUCCCGCUCCAUGCUCCAUGGAACUCCAAACUGCCUGGGCGGUGAUUAGGUGAUUAGGUGAUUAGGUGAUUGCGGGAGAGCCAGGAAGGAUCGAGCCACUGUGCCACUUCCCCAG